CAACUGACAGACAAAAUGGCUGUGGGACAAACCUAACGUUAGCUGCUUGGCUAAUGUAAACAUCCACCAACAGUAGACUGGAUCCUGAGCGACGAUAACGUUACCCGAUAGAUUUUUGACACUGCGAAUGAGUGUUGUUUCUAACUUUGGUGAAGGAUGACGACGCAGCGCCGUGGGAUCCAUCUGGACCAAUCAGAACUGCUUUGCAAAAAAGGAUGUGGUUUUUAUGGCAACACUGGCUGGCAGGGCCUGUGCUCAAAGUGCUGGCGAGAGGAAAAUCAAAAAGAAAAGCAAAAACAGAUUCAGGAAGACUGGGCACUUGCUGAGAGGCUGCAGAGAGAGGAAGAGGAAGCAUAUAGCAGACAUCAGAAGGCCCAAACACAGCCUACCAUCACACCCUUCAGCAAGUUUGAAGAAAGAAAAACUAAGGAAAAGUCCAGCAAAGUCAAUACAGUUACAAAGUUUUUUACUCCUUCCACAAAAACGCCACCAAAAAAAGACACUCCUUUUGAUGCUCACUCCAGCCCAAGCCCCAGUUCCUCUACGAGCCGGCAUUCUUCUGUGGGCAGUGAUUAUGCAACGCGAGAGUUCAUUGAUUUUCUCAAGCCGCUGAAGUCUGGCAGGGAGAUCUUCAAACAGUGCCGGGCCUUCACUGAGAGCAUGGUCUAUAAGCGGGACAUGGGUGCUGAUGAGCUGUCAGAGUGUGUGCAGGACUUCUACCAGAACCUCUCAGACCGCCUCCACACCCAGUUCAAGGGUUCGUCAGAUCAUGUAGAGAGUGUUAUGGAUGAAGUAGAGAAGUACAUGAUGACUCGUCUCUACAAGGACGUCUUCUGUCCUGAGACCACAGACGACGAGAGGAAAGACCUGGCCAUUCAGAAGAGAAUCAGAGCCUUGCAUUGGGUCACCAUUGAGAUGCUGUGUGUUCCUGUAGACGAGGAGAUUGCUGAGGUGUCGGACAGCGUAGUCAAAGCCAUCACGGAUGUGAUUGAAAUGGAUUCAAAGUGUGUGCCCAAGGAGAAGCUGGCAUGCAUCACCCGUUGCAGCAAGCACAUCUUCAACGCCAUCAAAAUCAGCAAGAAAGAGGCUGCGUCUGCGGAUGACUUCCUCCCCACGCUCAUCUACAUUGUGCUGAAAGCAAACCCUCCGCGACUGCAGUCCAACAUCCAGUACAUCACCCGCUUCAGCAACCCCAGCAGGCUCAUGACUGGAGAGGAUGGUUACUACUUCACUAAUAUGUGCUGUGCGGUGGCCUUCAUUGAGAAGCUGGACGGCCAGUCUCUGAACCUGAGCUCUGAGGAGUUUGACCUGUACAUGUCGGGCCAGGCGUCCCCCCACUGGCCACAGUCCUCUGGAGCUUCUUCUUGCUCCCCAGGCAGCGCCACUCUCAGUCAGGUCCACAAGCGGCUGGACGUGCUAACGGGGCUCGGGGAAAGGCAGGAGAGGGUCAUGGAGAAGGCUCGCCAGUUGGAGAGCGACCUCAUCGACUGGACGGACGAAGUGGAGCAGAAGGUGCAGAGCGUUCUGGAGAGCAUUCCAGCAGAGACCCAAAACCCCACUGCAACCACGGCUAGUGGGACAACUUCUGCAGCAUCAUCAGCAAUCGACUCUGAUAAUGUUGAGAAUGAGCACCUGCCCCCACCACUGCUACCGCAAGUGUUUGCUGGCUGAUGUGCUGUGCUCCAAAAAAAAAGUCCCCUGGAGACUUUACUUCACCCUUCCCCUUUUCCCUGGUGUUAAAUGUUGCUGUCCGUAUGCACAUACAUACUGACAUGGACCCUCUUUCCACUCCGGCCAUCUUUAUUCCAUUGAUCCAUCCGUAGUCCAAGAGGCCCUGAAAUUACACUGAGCAGUAACAGAACUAUUACAUUAAAGGAAUAGUCUGGCAGAGAGUUAGAUCAAUGGCCUCUCUCAUGUCUGUACAGUAAAUAUGAUGCAUAGCUUAGAAUAAAGGCUUGAAACCGAGGGGAAAUGCCUAACCCGCCUCCGUCAAAAGGUAACAAAAAGCGAAUCAUCAUUUCCCAAAAUGUCCCAGAGAGUCCCGGCGACCACUUACACUUUAAGCAUUUUGCCCUGGUUCCAAAAGUUCAGGUGCAGCAUUUGCGGGGCAGCCCUGAUGUUUGGCUUCUAUUUCAGUUUCGGGAUAAGCAGAGUUGUCCUGGCAUCCUUGACCCAGUCAUGUCCUUUUGGUGUUCCCAGGCUAUUUGGGAAAUAUAACCCCAGCGUGCUCUGACUGGUGCUUUCUCCUUUCAAGUGAGAAGUGCAGGGAAAGCUUUCACAGAUUGGCUUCCAGGAGACCCAUCCGUUGGUCACCCUUGUAGUUACAUUUAAACAGACGGUAUAAAUUGUUGGAUGUGAUUUGUAAACAUGUUUCUGUCCUUCUUCGCGGCUUUUCAGAGAAGGAUUUUGUUAUCCUAAUUGUGAUGGCCCUAGGUAAAUUGACCAGUGGAGGCUCAAAUGGACACACAAAAGCUUACAGCCCAAGUAACCCCUAAUAGGGAGUUUCCAGUCAAAUGUGUUAUCGGCAAAGGAAAUGAAGAAAUCUGUAUAAUGCAAAACCUAACUUCCCCCUAAAAUAACACUCCAGCUCAUGCUCGUAAUUUGUGCUGUGUUUACUGUGUAUUUCCCUGUCUUACAGAGAAAUAUCCAGAGAGAUGUGCGUGUGUGACAGUUGUGCAUGCGGGGAAAGUGUGUGUGUGAACGUGAGCGGGUAUUGCAUGGUCAUGUUCCGUUAAUGUCGGUAAAUCAUAAAGUAGUGUGUAUGGAUAUUGUGGUCUUAUUUUCAUGGCAGACCUCACUCUCCAGCCAUAAGCUUGAUGUACAGAAGUGAUUUUAUUUUUCUAUAGAGUGGCAGGUAUCAAUUAUUUUGGAUGCAAUAGGAGAUAUUAAUCCUGUAAUAUUUACAGUAGUACUCUGGUUAAAAGAACAUUGCUUCAAGACAUGUUACAUGAUUUCUAAUGAUUGAAUAGUAAAAUCUUCAUCUAUUCAUUUCUAUUUUCUAGAGGGUGUCCCAUCAACAUAGAAAAAUCUGUUUUUAGGUGAUUUGUUUGGGGAUUUAUUUAUUGGAGCUGUUGUAUUAAGUCGGUAAGAAGUCAAAGAUGAUGCUGUUUCCUGUAACACAAUACGCUCCUAAGGCCGGUUGCUUUACCAGUGCAGAAAAAUUCACAUAACCAAUUUAAUUUUGAAGCACUUUUCUGUUUGAUUUUUAAAUCUCUUAAUUUAGAGGUACAUUUAAUGAAGGAAGUUAAUGGCUAUAUUCAGUUAAAAGGAUAAUUGGUGAAAACAGUGUUUAACAGUGUCUUUGUAUUUGGCGGUCAUGUACAGAGUGGGAGAAAUGUUUGGGAGAGUUGUUUUUUUUCCUUUGCUCAUGAGCUGAGAUUUCCUUGUGUUGCUAGAAUUGAAUCUUUUUUUUUUUUUUUUUUUAUUCUAUUAGCGGCACGUAUAGUUAAUGUGCAGUUGCUGUCCAAUAUUAGUUUGAGAAAGGACUUUUAAUGCAAACCUAAACAAUACCUUGAAUAACUUAAUAUUGCACUGUAUGCACAAGCCAUUUAUCAGGUAUUUUAAGGAAGUUUAAAACAUCUUUGUAAUCUAAUAGGUUUGUUAUUGUAUCACAUGGGAAAUACACAAUACUGUCUUUUAUUUAAAUGUAACUUAUUGGGGCAGUAUUGGUUUAUUUGCAUCUAUGGGUGUGUGAUGAUGAUUAAUAAAAACUGAAAAUGCA